UCCAUCAACCCAAUCCUCUCUCAACCUUCCCCGGGCUCGUAGCUACCCACUCCACACCCCCCUCGUCAACAGUUCCACCAACAGGCGGUUCGACAAUCCCAUCAAUACUUCAAUAAUCCACUGCUGUUCAAGGUUACCUUUGCCGGUUUACCAGGACUCCAAGUUUCCCCAGUCACUCUACACGUUCGAUUCUUUACUCGUGUUCGUCAACCCUUAAAACUUCAGCAAAAAUGUCCGCACCUGUCGACAGUGUCACCGCCCAGAUGGCCACCACCUCCCUCACCACCGACAACACCGCUCCCGCACCCGCUACUACUACCACCACCACGGAGAGCACCGGCGCCCAGCAGCCCACCGCAGCCGAGGACGAGGCUGUGCGUGCGAGCGCCGCCGAGGGCAGGCGACUUUACAUUGGAAACCUCGCGUAUGCGACCACCGAGGGGGAGUUGAAGGACUUCUUCAAGGACUACUUGGUCGAGUCCACGACCAUCCCCACCAACCCGCGCACCUCGCGCCCCGUCGGCUACGCCUUUGUUGCCCUCUCUACCCCCUCCGAGGCUGAGCGUGCUAUUGCUGAGCUCAACGGCAAGGCCAUCCUCGACCGCAAGGUCUCCAUCCAGCUUGCCCGCACCCCCGAGGCCCACGCUGAGGGAGCUGGCAGCGGAGCCGAAGGCAACACCGGCGAGGCUCGCCGCCGCACCUCCACCCGCGGACGUGGCCGCGGACGUGGCCGUGGUGGCCGUGCCGGACGUGGAGGACGUGCUACCGACGCCGAGGGCGCCGAGCCAGCCGAGCCCUCCACUGAAGCUCCUGCCGAAUCUACUCCUACAAAUGUACCUGGCCAAGUUGCUCCCCUCACCGAGACUACGAACGAAGCGCUUACAGCAAAGAAGGGCGCCGACAAGGCCGCUGCUCCCCGCGAGCGCAAGCAGCGUGGUCCUCCCGAGGAUGGCGUUCCCUCCAAGACCAAGGUCAUGGUUGCCAACCUGCCUUAUGACCUGAAGGAGGAUAGGCUUCUCGAGAUUUUCAAGGACUACUCACCUACCCAGGCCAAGAUCGCCCUCCGCCCCAUCCCCCGCUUCAUGGUCAAAAAGCUCCAGGCUCGUGGUGAGCCUCGCAAGGGCCGUGGUUUCGGUUUCGUUACCCUCGGCUCCGAGGAGCUCCAACAAAAGGCGUGUGCCGAGAUGAACGGCAAGGAGAUUGAGGGCCGUGAGAUCGCCGUUAAGGUCGCGAUCGACUCACCCGGCAAGGAGGACGAUGCACCAGACGCGUCCGCUGAGAGCGAGGCCCCUACCACCGAGGCCACUACCACCAACGCAACCCCUGAGAAGGUCGUCGAGAACCCUCCUGCUACCACCACCGCAGCUUAGGUGGUUGCAUCCGCCUAGAUGUAUGCUCCCUUCGCCGAGCCGUAUGUGGCAUUGUAAGGCGACGUGGAUCUGUGUAACGAAGAGUUCUGGCCUAUGGACAUCUGCCAUUUAUCAUGAUAGAGACAUAUAGGCUAGGGCCUUCAGCAUGUUAGUUCGUUCAAGUUAUCGGGUUAUAUCCGCAAAAAAGUGGGAAUUCGGAGUUCAUCAGGGCACGGUGUCUAUGGUGGACUAUCUCGGGUUCAUUACGGUUACGGAAGACUGAGUUAGCUAGUCCGAGUUAUGAGAUAUGGGUUCAAUGAAUAAAGAAACGAAUACAAAUAUACGUAUAGAUGGAUGUCUUUGUUCCUGUUGAGUCUCUAUAGCUUAGGAAUGACAACGUGUACGAUAUUGUU